AUGCCCUUCUCGCCGGACAAUGGAGUAGCGCCGUCGAGAUCUAUUGGCUUCGCCGACGAAUCGGUCCCGAGUUCGGGUAAAAGGCCCAGACGCGCGAGGAGCGCCAGGCCGGCAACGCCCUCUAAGGAGGGAACCCGUGAAGAAGUGGACGAGGUGGUCGGGCUCGACAAGCUGGGCAUGAAGUCGCGGCAAAGAGUCGAGAAUGAAGGGAACGAGAUCUCAUUUGCUCCGGCAUCGCCGAAUCGAUAUGAGAUUAAGAAGAGGAGAACGAGCAAAAGUGAUCCCAAAAUGAAGGGUGACGUGGCGCCGAAGAAGAGGGUGUAUUAUAAGAAAGUGGUGUAUGAUGGCAGCGAGUUCGAGGUGGGGGAUGAUGUCUAUGUGAAGAGGAGAGAGGACGCGAGCUCCGAAGAUGAAGAUCCGAAGGUCGAGGAGUGUAGGAUUUGUUUCAAAGCAGGGAGGUCUGUUAUGAUUGAGUGCGACAAUUGCUUAGGCGGAUUUCACUUGAAAUGUUUGACCCCACCGCUGAAGGAGGUUCUUGAAGGGGAUUGGAAUUGUAGCUUCUGUGAGGUGCGGAAAUUGGGCAAGGAAGUUGAGUUGCCAAAGCCGCCUGAUAUGAAGAAAUUGACGAGAACUGCAAAGGAAAAGCUUAUUUCUAGUGAUUUAUGGGCCGCUCACAUUGAAAGCUUAUGGAAAGAAGUGGAUAGAACUUAUUGGUGUCGGGUGAGGUGGUACAUCAUUCUCGAGGAGACUGCCGCUGGGAGGCAGCUCCACAACCUUAGGAGGGAGAUAUAUCGAACGAAUGAUUUUGCAGAUAUUGAGAUGGAAUCCAUUCUCAGGCUAUGCUUUGUCAUGAACCCUAAGGAAUACGCCAAAGCCAACAACCAGGGUGAUGAUGUUUUUCUUUGUGAAUAUGAAUAUUUUUUCUCCAACAAAUAUGACAUCCAUUGGCACAGUUUCAAGCGUCUUGCGGGGUUUGACAAGGAAGAAGAGGAUGGUGUGGAAGAUGACAGUGAUGAAUAUUGGAUGUCUCGCAAUGAAGCAGACUCCGGAACUGAUGAAGACAUGGAUUAUGAAGAAGAGCGUGUGAAAAACCUGCAAUCAAGAUCAUCAAUAACUCAUGAAUGUGCUGCGAACGCACGUAGGGGCCAGUUCUUUGGACUGCAAAAGAUAGGGACAAAGAGAAUUCCAGCGCAUGUCAGAUGCCACAAGAAAACUGAUCUGGAAAGAGUCAAGGCAAUGCUUUUAUUGGCAACACUUCCUAAAAGCUUACUUUGCCGAAAUAAAGAAAUGGAGGAAAUAACAGCUUUUAUAAAGGGGGCAUUAUGUCAAGACCAAUGUCUUGGGCGUUGCCUAUACAUACAUGGUGUUCCUGGAACUGGCAAGACAAUGACAGUACUUUCAGUAAUGAGAAACCUGAGGUCUGAAGUUGAUGCUGGAAGGAUCAGACCAUAUUGUUUUGUGGAUAUUAAUGGUCUUAAGUUGGCAUCUCCGGAGAACAUAUACAAGGUUAUUUAUGAAGCAUUGACUGGACAUAGAGUUAGCUGGAAGAAGGCUCUCCAGCUGCUUAAUGAGCGAUUUUCAGAUGGAAAGUAUAUUGGCAGAGAUGACGACCGACCUUGUGUCCUACUAAUUGAUGAACUCGACCUUCUUCUAACCAGAAAUCAAUCGGUUCUCUACAACAUUCUUGAUUGGCCUACAAAGCCACAUUCCAAGUUGAUUGUGAUCGGCAUAGCAAAUAUCAUGGAUCUGCCAGAGAAGUUACUUCGUAUCUCUAGUCGCAUGGGUAUUCAGAGACUUUGCUUUGGUCCAUACAAUUAUCAGCAGCUUCAGGAAAUCAUUUUAACGCGACUCAGAGGAAUUGAUGCAUUUGAAAAGCAAGCUAUAGAAUUUGCUUCUCGAAAGGUAGCAGCCAUUUCAGGGGUUGCACGGCGUGCACUAGAGAUAUGCAGACGUGCAGCAGAAAUUGCUGAUUACCGUAUAACGAAAGCUCUCAAAACUGCUCCUGCAGCUGUUGAAGGGAAAGCUCUUGUUGGGAUGUCAGAGGUUGAAGCAGCCAUCAAGGAAAUGUUUCAGGCACCUCACAUCCAGGUGAGUUGAAACACAUUCAUAACUUGUCAUCAGUUACUGCUCACUGAUGUAUCGGUGUUGUUGCUGCAACAUAUAACACCACAUGCUUUGUAUUCACGAAUUUAUCGAGCCAUAUACUGCGUCAUACAUAGUCGGCAGGCGCAUCAUACGAAAAAAGUGUAUAGCACCCAAGAUAGGGGAAGAAUCGCAAGCUAUGUGAAGAGGGAUGUCAAUACUUAAAAGUAUGGUUUCAGCUAAUGUUUCAAGUUGAUGCAAAAGUUUUGGCUUCAGAAAAAUAGGCUAAUAAUUUGCUGAAGAAACAACUAGUUUACAGCUAUGUCAAUAAUUUUCAACUAAAAUCGGUUCGGAGAACUGAAUUGGCAAAUCAUCAAAAUAUUCUAGACUAUAUUGACAAAUUGUCAAAAUAUUUGGAACUAAAUUGAAGUUAAAAGUUUUCAAAUUAUAUUAAAUAGUUGAAAUGUUUAUGAUUGAAUUGAUCGUUUCACUUACCAAUAUUUGCCUCAUUGUUUUGAAAUUAUAAACUCUUUCAAUAAUUUAUCGACAUUUACUUGUUAGACUUAUCAGUGUGUUGUUAGUUCUCAUAGGAAAAUUACCGACCUUAAAUGGGUUAAUACCUUGAAAAACCCCAAACUGGUACACUUAUGACAAAUUUAUCCAAAACUAUUUUUUUGACCACCAAAAAUCCAAAACCGAUAUACCUUUGACAAAUUUACCCCAAACUGGUACA